CCCUAUCGAUCCAACCACCCCCAACACUAGGCAGCUACAAAAAAGCGCGAAGGAGUCACAAUUUGGACAAAGUUAAUGCGAAAUAAAAGAUUUGCGCGCGAUCAUGGAGACCCCGACGGGUAGUGGGCGUCCCGGUCGCAUGGCCACUCCGCGCCUUUCGGAGCGCAAGCGGCAACUGUUCGGCAGUCCCAGAUCCAGGCUCCGCCAGAUCAACGACGACGAGGAUGAUGCGGACGUAGACAGUCUGGGUGUCUUGCCAUUGAAGACCCAUGUGGCGGCCAACAGGCAGGGCAGGAGUCUCUUUGCCGCAGGCGCCGCCAAGUCGAGCAGCAGUGCGAACAGCAGCCCGGAAACCAACAAGGAGAACAAGAAAACCCGUGGCGGAGUCAUGACUGCCACGGCGGAGCAGCUGCCCCAAUUGUUUACAGCCACCAUGCGGCUAAAUAGCAACAGCAGCAGCAACAGUCGCAACAGCAGUCCCCGCCAGCCGAGGGUCCAAAGAAAGCGAGCGGAUUCUUCAAUGUCGUCGCCCACCUCUUCCUCUGAAGGAACUCCUUCUUCGAGAGCCAGAACUAGCAUCAGACGCAGUCCACGAACCUUCAGUGCGCAGAAGGAUCCAGAUUCGUCCUCCUCGCCAGAAUCAUUUCAGACAAGGCUAAGCAAGGUGGCAGAUAUGCUAAUGAAGGGUCAGGAUCCAAGAUCGAUGUUAGAAAAAUCAAAAAAGAAACACAACCACAGCCUAAAGACCACUGCCCAAGUGCAUACAACUAAACCGAAGAAAACGAGCCCAGCUGAAGAGUCUCAGUCGGAGGAUGAGAAACCUUCUAGCAGUAAGAACUCCAUGAAGAAUACAGAAGUUCGUGAAACAAGGAGCUCGCAAAUCAUCAGUCCAAAAACCAGAAAUAGCCGAAGAAACUUCACGUCGGCGGGCAAGACGCUGAAGGCCGCUGCCCAUGUACAUGAGAACUUGAGGUCGGAUGACGAAGAAAACCGAGAUAUUAAAAAAGAAGCAUUUAAGAUAGAAAACAGCAGUAGCAGAUCCAAAUCCCCCGUAGAAGUUUUCAAGUCGAAUGACAAUAAAACAGCGAAAUCUCGCAAAGGAGCCGCAGCAAAAAGGCCAGAAAGCCCAAGAAGUAUGAAGAUUGAUGUCGAAGUGCCCGAAUCAGACGAAGAACCAUACGAUCAUAAGCCGCAAAAGCGUCAGCACCCUGAAACGUCCACCCAGGCUGCUCCUUCAGCGGACUCCGACUCUGGUUCGCCGCAGAGCAAGAUGCGCAGGGUGACGCUUAGCAGCAGCAUUCCCACCAUGGCCUUCUAUUCCCACAGUGGAGAAGCGGUCACAAAGUCAAGAAAGCGACCGUCCAUAUCCAAGAAUUCGCUUAAACAACCUACGAAAAUCUCGCCAACCUCCCGUCCACUAUUGGGCAUUAAUAAGGGAGUUCGCCACAAAAUACGCAAGCGUCACGGUUUUGCCAACCGACUGCCAGCCACCGAUAUGGACAACAUUCUCAACUCGCUGAGCAACGAACGGCUCAAGAACCUGAUCACCACCAAGCGUGAAGAGCGCGCCAAAGUGGAAGAAGUCCACCAGAUUCUCCGUAAUGCCAAGGACCCGAUCAAAAUGGCCAAACCAUUGAGUGUGAUUGAAGCCGACGAUGCUAACAACAAUAACAAUCUGCCAGCAACCGCAUGGCAAGAAACAUCCGCCGACUUCUCCGAUCUUAGUGAUGUUGAAGACAUUGAUCCCAUCAUCGAGGUGGAGCCUAUCAUACCGAUAAUUCGCCACGAGCCGGUUCAGAAAUCCCCAACCGCCGAGCCAGCGGAUCUAAGCAAGCGAAAGUUCUUCAAAUCAGGCCGCCGUAGUAGCACCUGCAUGGAGGUGAGAAUCACGGACAACAUCCGGGCCAGCGUCAGCCAGGGCAAGAUUGAACUCGUCCAAACGAUACGCCGAAAGCCGCGGCAAGUGCGCGUCAAGUCGGCCACGAUAUUUUCCGCCGAGCAGGCCACUGUGGAUGCGAUCCUGAAGAAUCUGGACGAUACGGUGGUUGAUGAGAUUGUAGAAGCCAAUCCGGUGGUACAGGCAACGCCCAUGGAUGCGGAGGAGACGAGCAUGGAAACGGAGCCCCUACCGGAUAUAAUUGAGUAUGCACCAGAAGCGAACGAUGUGGAAAUUGAUCCCUUUGCUGAGUUCCGUCAACGUUUGCCAUACCAAACCGACGAUCCCAAUGUCGUGGAGCAGCAGCAAAUCUUGCUGGAGUUUCUCAUUAGCAACAACAUUUGCACCGAAAGGAACUUUGAGAUCUUUAUUGCCAAUCCUGAUAACUACAAGGACGAGGCCAAUCAAAUUGUGGACAAUUUAUACAUGGUGGUAAACAGCGAGGAGGCUGCGCAGCUUGCUCAGAUGGAAACAGUGGAAAAUACAGCGGUGGCCAUUGCACCACAACAGGAUGCGCCAGCCGUAGAGGAAGUUCAGCCAAAGCUUUUCCCCAUAUUCACUCAACGCCUGCAGCCCGUUGUACAGAAAUCGUUGCGUCGUCGGCCGGACACAUCGAUGAGAUUGCUAACGGCGGCGGGAGGAUCAAAUCAGUACCAGAUCGAUGCUGGUCAAAAGGCCUUCGGAGCACGGCAGUGUCAGCAGUGCGGACUGGUGUACACCGUGCACGAACCGGAGGAGGAGCUGCUGCAUCGCGAGUACCACAAUUCCAUCCAUGUGCUGCGCUUCAAGGGCUGGAUCGACGAGGACAUUGUGUCCGUUUAUCCGGAGUGGGCCAGCGACGGCCGCAUCAUACGGAUCAACGAACGCGCUCCGGCAGCUCGGCUCGACAGGCUGCGGGAUCUCAUCGGUGUGGUGGACAAAGAGCUGGGCUACUCCUCGUACAUUGUGCCAAAGAUCUUUGUGGCCUUCAUAGCAGUGCGCAAGCAGCAGAUCGUGGGUUUCUGCCUGGUGCAGCCCCUCUCGCAGGCCCAUCGUUUCAUCCAGGUCGAUGGCACGGACUACUUCAGCGAGGAGAGCUACCCGGCCAGCUGCGGCGUCUCACGGAUCUGGGUUUCUCCGCUGCAGCGGCGCAGCGGGAUCGCUAGCAAGCUGCUUCGAGUCGUCCAGUGCCACACGGUGCUCGGUCAGGAGAUUGCUAGGGAGUGCAUCGCCUUCAGCACGCCCACUGACGAUGGUAGGGCUCUGGCGCGCCAGUUCACCGGGUUGGAUAACUUCCUUACCUACGACCAGUGAUCGGGGAAAUCUAUUGAAGCUAUUGAAUAGCUGGAUUGUUUUUGAGUUGGGAUUGCUUCGAAACCUGUAAUAGUUAAUAAAAAUAAUAAUAAUUUGUUUACAA